GAUACUUUAAUUUUCCGUCAUAAUCAGCAAAAAAAAAAAAACGAAAAAAAAGACAGUUUUUUUUUAACUCGGAAUAAGAAAUUUUAAUUAACGGUAAAGAACGGAAUUAAAGAACAUUUAUAGACCGGUAUAAAUCCUGCUAUAUAAUACAAAUUAUCUUCACCAAUUGUUUCAUUUUUAUUAAAAUGAACUCAAUGUGGAGGCUUUUACUUCUAAGUUUACUAGUAAACUUAUGCAGUCAUCGUAUUGAGGGUGCCAAAUCGAAAAAACGGGACGCACCUCUUCCAUCGAACAGUUAUUUGCCACCUGCUCAACAAGGACCUCCACCAAAUUCAUACUUACCACCUCCGUCUGGACCGGUGCAACCACCGUCAACCAGUUAUGGUGUUCCGUCUGGACCUGCUCCUGUACCAUCUGGAGGUGGUUAUUCAACAAGAGUUUCAAAAGGUCCAUCAACGAGCUAUGGCCCGCCACCGUCCCCACCACCAUCUUCAAGUUAUGGUCCUCCUCCACCCCAGAAACCAUCACCAAGCUACGGUCCUCCACCAUCACCAAGUUAUGGUCCGCCGCCAGCUCCAAAACCAAGUUACGGACCACCACCUGCACCAAAGCCCAGUUAUGGUCCUCCACCAUCGCCACCAAAAGCAAGUUACGGUCCACCACCUGCCCCGAAGCCCAGCUACGGACCACCUCCAGUACCAAAACCUAGCUAUGGACCUCCCCCACCAGCACCAAAACCCAGUUAUGGACCUCCACCAGCACCUAAACCAAGUUAUGGUCCACCACCAAAAGCAAGCUACGGUCCACCACCUGCUCCAAAACCUAGCUACGGACCACCACCAUCGGCGCCAAAACCUAGUUAUGGACCCCCACCACCAGCACCAAAACCUAGUUACGGACCUCCGCCAGCACCUAAACCUAGUUAUGGGCCCCCACCGGCACCAAAGCCUAGUUAUGGACCCCCUCCAGCACCUAAACCUAGUUAUGGACCACCACCGGCACCAAAACCUAGUUACGGACCUCCGCCGGCUCCUAAACCAAGCUACGGCCCGCCACCACAACCUCCGAAGCAAAGUUAUGGCCCGCCUCCUAGAGCUCCAAAGCAAAGCUACGGACCACCACCAGCACCACCAAAGGGCAGUUAUGGACCUCCGCCGCCAGCCCCAAAACCGAGUUACUUGCCACCUCCACCAGCGCCUAAACCAAGUUAUGGACCACCACCUGCCCCAAAACCACCACAAACCUAUGGUCCUCCUCCAUCACAACCAGCACCUACACCCCCAGAAAGUUAUGGACCUCCACCAGCUCCUCCACCGCAAAGCUAUGGCCCACCACCACCUCCGCCAUCUCCUCCAGCACAAAGUUAUGGACCUCCACCAUCUCCACCCGCACAAAGCUAUGGACCACCACCUGCUCCACCAGCCCCACCUUCACCAAGCUAUGGUCCACCACCUGCAGCUCCUCCACCGCAAAGUUAUGGGCCACCCCCUUCUCCGCCAUCACAGAGUUAUGGACCUCCACCAUCCCCACCAUCUCCACCACCACAAAGCUAUGGUCCACCACCAGCACCACCUGCCCCACCUUCUUCAAGUUAUGGCAUACCCAUUUCAUCUGCUCCUUCUGGUCCAUCUGUAUUUAGUUAUUCAUCACCAACGUUCACUUUGUCAGCCCCAUCUGGACCAUCUUCGAGUUUUUCAACUGGGUCAGGUAUAUCUUUUGGAUCUGAUGGUUAUAGCUUCUCAUCUCCAUCGGGACCUUCAGGACCAUCCGGAUUUUAUGAAGCACCAACAAGUAUUGGAACCAGUUUUGGUAACGAUAUUGGAAGCAGUUUUGGUUUCAGUGUACCUGAAACAAUACCACAAAGUUAUUCAGAAGAUGGUGGCUAUAAAUAUAAAAAAAGAAAAUAAAUUUAAUUUACAAAAUUAGAACAUUAUUACAAUUAUUGAAUAUUACAAUAAGAGU